AUGCUUCCAGGAAUGGUGAAUUAUCCGCCAAGACAUUAUUUUACAGUUAGUGCGAUUGUCACAGUUAAAAAUGAGUUUAUAUCUGUCAUGCAAUUGCUCAAUGCUGUUAGAGUCCAGAAAGAUUAUGACCUUGAAUAUACAAUUAACAACAACAUUAAACUUUCCGAAGGUUAUAUUGGCAAUUACUAUGAUUCUAUUACAUAUAAGUACGAUGUAUUAUUGACUUUACAUGAAAAAGAUGAUCCUAAAAUACUAAUCAUAAGAAGUGUUUAUUAUAUCGGCUACAAUGACGAUCCUAGAAAUCGGAUCACUGUAUAUAAAAAAUGUGAUCCGCAUUCUAUCAAAUAUCAGUACAUUGAAGAACUUCGACGAUUUGAUAUCGCGGAAUGGCAUAAAUUUGUUUAUUAUCCAUUUGAAAAAAAUGCUCCAAAUCUAGACGAAUACCUCUAA